AUGGCCUGCUACGACAUCUGCCGUCCCUGCGGACCCACCCCGCUGGCCAACAGCUGCAACGAGCCCUGUGCCCUGCAGUGCCAGGAUUCCCGUGUUGUUAUCCAGCCUUCCCCGGUGCAGGUGACCCUGCCAGGACCCAUCAUGACCUCCUUCCCCCAGAACACCGCCGUCGGAUCCACCUCCUCGGCUGCUGUGGGCACUGAACUCAGUGCCCAGGGACAGCCCAUCUCGGGUGGAUUUGGUGGCUUUGGCUACGGCCUUGGCUAUGGCCGUGGAUUUGGCUAUGGCCUGGGAGGCCUGGGCUGCUACGGCAGGAGGGGCGGCUACAACUGCUGAGGGCCCUCAGCACCACUGCUGACACCAACCACCCACUCCCUGGAACACAUCUCAGGCAUUGCUGGCGCCUCUCUGGGCCAAGGCUCUCAAACGGGCUCAGCACUUCCAGCUCCUGCUCUCAGGGCUCCAAGCAAGGCAGCAGCCAAGGAUCCAGCCCGGGCUGCCUGCACACACGGCCCAUCUCCGUUCCUGCUCUUCUCCUCCUCCCGGCUCUGCAUUGCCCCUCUGGCUCUGUCCAGUCCCAUCUCUGCAGAUUCCUUCUGCCAAGCCAGAGGCCAUUGGGCACCUCUGCUGGGCUGCUCCAUUUGUGGUACAGGGAGCCCUUGAUUCUCUGGCCAAACCUGCUGCAAUCAAAGGACCU